GGACACGGUGAUCCUGUGGGAAUAGAGCAGGGGGUGUUCUCCAGGCCGUGUCCAGGCACCCUCAAGGACAGGAGGUGACAGGCAGGGGUCCACAGGGCAGUGGGGACAGACAUGGGGACACACAGACACACACACGUGUGUGUCACCCCUGCCACAUGGCCAGCGGGGACAUGCCCAGCCAUGCCCGUGCCCUGUCCUGGCCGUGCCCACACGUGUCCGUGCCCACCCGUGCCAGCCCGGUCCGUGCCCCGUGCCAGCCCUGCCCAUGGCGCUGUCUCUGCGCUCCGGCCGAGCAGCUGCCCGUUCGCCCGGGCGGUGUCAGCCCGGUGUCCCCGCGGUGUCCCCGCGGUGCCCCGUGUCCCCAGGGCCGCUCCCUGUGUCCCCCGGGGUCCCUCCGCGGCCCCACCCGGGUGUCACCGGGGCUGGGGAUGCCCAGCCCGGGGUCCCCCAGCGCCCCCCGGCAGCCGCAGCCCCCCGGGCGGGCGCGGGGUCAAACAUUAACUGGGGCGGGUUAACUGGUCACCGAUUGUCACCGAUUGUCCCCGCGGGCCGGGCGGGGCCCCCGCGCCACCCCCCGCCAUAAACGCGGGGGUCCCGCGGCUGCCCCGGAGCCUCCGGAGCCACCAUGAGCAGCGUCCAGGCGGGCCCCGACUCCUCCGAGGAGCCCAAACCCACCAAGGACAAGGCCGAGCUCCGCAACUACACCGAGGGGAAGCUGAUUGACCGCGUGUACCAAACCUACCUGCUCAUGCACACCCACCAGACCGUGGAGUUCGUCCGCAGGAAGAGCGCGCAGUACGGCUCGUGCUCGCUGCGGAGGAUGAGCGCCAUGGAGGCGCUGGAGCUGCUGGACCAGCUCGUGGACGAGUCCGACCCCGACGUGGAUUUCCCCAACUCCUUCCACGCCUUCCAGACGGCCGAGGGCAUCCGCCGGGCGCACCCCGACAAAGACUGGUUCCACCUCGUGGGGCUCCUGCACGACCUGGGCAAGGUGCUGGUGCUGUUCGGGGAGCCCCAGUGGGCCGUGGUCGGGGACACCUUCCCGGUGGGCUGCAAGGUGCAGAAGUCCGUGGUCUACGCGGACUCCACCUUCCACGAGAACCCCGACACCAAAGACCCCCGGUACAGCACCGAGUACGGGAUGUACCAGCCCGGCUGCGGCCUGGAGAACGUCCUCAUGUCCUGGGGCCACGAUGAGUACAUGUACCAAGUGAUGAAGUUCAACAACUUCGCCCUGCCCAAGGAGGCCUUCUACAUGAUCCGCUUCCACUCCUUCUACCCCUGGCACGCCCACGGCGACUACGAGCACCUGUGCUCCGACGAGGACCGGCGCAUGCUGCCCUGGGUCCGCGAGCUCAACAAGUUCGACCUGUACACCAAGCAGGAGGAGCUGCCCGACGUGCAGCAGCUCCGCGCCUACUACCAGGGCCUCAUCGACAAAUACUGCCCGGGGCAGCUCUGCUGGUGACCCCCCAAAUCCUGCUGGGACCCCCCAAAAUCCCGCCAGGACCCCCCGAAAUCCUGCCGGGACCCCCCCCGAGCCGGCCGGGGCCCCCACAGCCCCCGCCCUGGGGC